UCCUGUUUAUCGGGGAACGCCUGUUGGGUUUCUUUCCAAGCACAUGAACAAAGUGCUUUUUUUACUAAAAACUGAAAGAUACUAUACCUUUCUCCGAUAAACCAUUAAGACAACAUGGACUGCGAGAAAUACGCUGGAUCUAAACCUAAUGAGGCAAACGAUUCAGGAGACUGUCCUAUUAAAGCUAAGAAAAGGCGAGCUGGCAGCUUGCUUGGUAAAUACUUGACAAAAGAGGGUUUCAAGGAAAGAUUCUCAAAUGCUUUCAGAGGGAACAAAUAUUUCAAAGAAAAUGAUGCGAUAAUUCAUGACAAGCCUUUCAAGUGCUGUGUUUUACCAAACUUCAUAGAAAAUGAAAGCUACCUUUUGGAGCUAAAAGAGGAGUUGAUGAAAUUAGACUUCAAUCAAAAGUCAGUAGAUCUCUACAAAUUUCAACAGAGCAAUGAUUUGAAGACAUCACCAAGUUCCAAUAUUACAUUGCUAAGAGAUCUGAUUUACCAAGACUUCCGUAAGUGGCUCCAGGAGACAUGUGACAUGAAACUUACAGACCAAGUUGAUCUGUCAUGUGCAAAGUAUGAAUACACAGAUGUGCUCCUCUGCCAUGAUGAUGAGCUGGAGGGGCGGGUGGUUGCGUUCAUCCUCUAUCUUGUUCCGCCAGGAUGGCAAGAAUGUGACGGAGGAUCAUUGGACUUGUUUGAUGUAGAUGAACAUGGACAGCCAGACAAAAUUGUGAAGAAGCUUGUCCCCGAGUGGAACUCACUUUCUUUUUUUGAGGUCUCACCUGUUUCCUUUCAUCAGGUUGCAGAGGUGUUAUCGCAGGACAAAACUCGGCUGUCAAUCAGUGGCUGGUUCCAUGGUUCUGCACCUGAGCGCCCCAUGCCAUACAAAGAGCCAUGUAAUCCAACAAUAAGCCCCAUGCCACUAGAGGAUGAACACUUAGUCAAAUGGGUCAACCCUCUCUACCUGGAUCAAGGCGUAGUUACAGAAAUAAGGGGGAGAUUUGAAGAUGAGUCUGAGGUUGAGCUUCAAGACUUUCUUUUGGAUGAUAAAUACACUGAGGUACUUGAAGCUUUAAGAUCUGAGAAAACAACUUGGUCUCACAGAGGGCCAGCAAAUAAGCGAUGCUAUGAAACUGCUGACUCUCUUCCCGAGGUUCUAUGCGAGCUGCAAAAAUUGCUGAAAUCCCUACCAAUGUUCAAGCUACUGCGCACGUUUACCGGCCUCGACUUGGCAGACACACCUCUCACAAGUAAUGAGAGAAGUCCGACACAAGCAACACAGGAUGGUACAGGGGCGGGUACCAGCUCCCCAGGGAACCCCCGGUGCCGUGGUGAAGCUCGGCGGUGGUCUCAUGGCAGUUACACACUUGUACACGACACUGACCCAGAGAGGGCGGAGUUCGCAUUGGACAUAAUGCUGUAUUGCGGCUGUGAAGACUGGGACAGCGAUAAGUUCGGCGGCUAUACGUCCUACUUGGUCAGCGGUGAGGACGAGGAGCUCCUAUCUGUGUCUCCUUUCGCUAACUCCCUCGCUCUCGUCUACCGAGACAUGGAAACGCUCAAGUUCGUCAAACACGUCAACCACAAGUCAGUGAAAGGCGCGUCUGGUUCAUCGCAGUCAUUCUAUGAUUUUCAUAUGGUUUACUACGAAUAGACUCGCGCAAGGAACCAUACCACGAUGACAAAAUAGACUUGCGCAAAUAUAGGGCCAAUAAAUAUUGCGCACACAAGAAACAGUAAAAAUUUAUUUGUACUCCAAGGGACUAUAGUUAAAGACGAUACUGUGCUAAUCUCUGGCUCCAAUAUAAAUUUCAUAAAGACAAAUCGAAUAAGUAAUUUUAACAUGCAUCCAGAGAUAGAACUUAAGGAGUACAACUACACCCAUCACUUGUCUAUGAAUCACGAAAAAAGGCACUUUUUACUUUGUAAAUUAAAAAUACCGUGUACGAAAUUCGAAAUAAACGCACUACUCGAGUGUUGAAAUGAC